AUGGGAGGCGGAGAAGUUUAUGAGAUUCACGCCAUGACUUCCUCAGCAACAACCUCGGAGGGCAUGACUUCUUCUUUCAUUCCAAUUCAUCAAGACACACAACUUGUCAAAUCUUCUCUCACAGUUGUACCAUCGUCUUCUUCUUCAUCACCACUACCACCACCAAAUAACAACAACAUGAUUCGUGAGUAUCCUCAACAAGAUAUUUACAGCAGCACACCACCACCACCACAUUCGAAUGGGAUUUUUCCACCUCCUCCAUCUUACUUAUUCAAUAGCCCACCACAAAAACGUGAAAGCCCACAAGAAGAAGAAGACUCCUCUAUUCUUCAGCACCAUCAUCAACAGGUGAAUGAAAUUUCACUCUCGGACUCCAACUCCCCAUCCUCAUCGUCCUUUCUCUCAUCGGUAGAGGUUUUUUGCAGCACUACUCCACCGAACGCUUCCCCCAUUCACUCAAUCACCACCAACGGUGCAUCACCACAAAAGAAAAAGCCUUUACCGACAACAAUAGGGAUGAUAAGAAAACCGUUGCCACCACGACCCACACAAACAACAACGGAAGUUGGCAUCGUGUUUUCGCAUCCAUCAACGUUGAAUAAUAGUAGUGAUGAUUCUCAUGGACUAGUUUAUGUAAAUAGCCCACCAAAAGUGUCAUAUCUUGAUUAUUCCGACACAAACUCUGUAUAUUCCCAAAAUUCUACAACAAUACCCAGUACCGCAAGUUAUAAUUAUGAGCUUGCAAAUAUUAAUCCCGAACCAAUUUCACAUAUUUUCACCUCUGUUGAUGGUAGUAUGCAUAGAAGCACAUCGCUAGCCGGAAUUCUGACGAACAGAAAACAAAAUAAUCCAAAUUCAUUAACCACGACACAGGAAGACAUUCCUCGAUCACAUAGCCAUGAUAAACUCAGGUCGGACGACUCGGCAAAAAAACAACAGAUUAAUGCAAGCAACAACAACAAUCGAAAAAACAAAAAAAUAUUUUACAACACGGAAUUUUUGGAACGAUGCGGAUUCAGUAACAACUCGAUCGAACAGCAACAGCUUAAACAGUUAAAGCAAGAUGAAAUACAAGAGGAACAAAUACGACAAAUGCACAAUGAGCAAGAACGAAAACUCAAACAAACUGAAAUGGAAGAGCUAGCUCUUGUCAACAGGACUCUGCAGCAGGAGUUCAGUUUUUCUGAAUAUCUAACUUCACAACCAAAAUAUUCGUGGGGUGACUUUUUUACUCACAACAAGAAUGCAUUUAGUUUGAUACGGGCAAUGGCUUCUCAGUGGUCAUGGGGAGAAAUGACUCUUGGUCUUGAAUAUUUUGCAAGAAGUCGAGCUAAAACGAAACGUGACUUUUCAAGUUUUAUGUUAGAAGCUCAAUUAGAGAAAAUUCCUACAUCAGAAAUAGAAAUUUGGAGACAUUAUGCCAGGCUGACGUAUCAAGUAUUUAGAGACUCAAUUGAAGAUAUACCCAGAAACACUAGAUUGGAGCUUCACAAGAUUAUUGCCUAUGAUAGGACACAGCAAGCCAUGAGGCCUGGCUAUUUUCUGUGUGUAGACGAUUUCACCAAAUCUAUUCUUGUAAUUUUCCGAGGAACCAAAUCCUUCAGCGAUAUCUUGACAGACCUUCAUUGCUCCUCCAUUAAGUAUAAAUAUGGUUACUGUCACAAAGGAAUUCUCACAGCAGCAAAAUAUUUUGAUUCCAACAAAUUCAUCAAGGAGGUAGUCAGACGAACAUUAGAUCAUCAUCCUGGAUACAAAUUGCGAUUGUUAGGACAUAGCUUGGGAGGAGGUACAGCUGCCAUUCUGGCUACCAUGUGGAAGAAAGAGUUUCCUGAUAUUCAUUGUUAUGCAUUUGCAUGCCCUCCUGUACUCUCACAAAUACUUUCUGAUGAAUGUGCUGAAUAUGUUACGAGCUUUAUCAAUGGAGACGAUUUUGUGACUCGGCUAUCAAUGACUGCCGUACACGAGCUGCGAAAAGAAGUUCAAAACUAUCCUUGGAAGGAGGAAAUGAUGCGAGAUAUUCAAAACUCAAUGAUUGGGAAAUUUGCUGCAGGCGUAAAGAAUUAUGCUUCUGGGCUUUUUAGCGGCUUAUUCGGCUCAAAGAAACAAGAACAAGAGCAAAUAGAGCAAGCAAUUUUGGAAUCUAAAAAGGAAGCUCAAGAGGAAAAAUAUUUGAACGAAAAAGAGGCACAAGAAGUGAAAAAGGCAUUGGAAGAAUCAAAGAAAAUCUAUUUAUCGCAAUCCAGAGACGAAUUAUCGACAUCAUCUUCGUCACAAGAACUGGCGGAUAGUAAUAUAGGAGUCACAAACGAAGACACACAAAGCUCAGCAUCUGAAGAGCCACUUUCUGCAGUUUCUUCUCAGUCGAGUCUGACUGAUGAAAGUUUUACAAAAAAACGAACGCCCAAAAAGAAGAAGAAAAUCCAACCUCCAGAUUCUCCUCUGAUCAUUAAUGAUUAUGAAAAUCUUGUGGUGACCUUGUUCCCUGCUGGAAAAGUUUAUCAAAUAAGAAAUAUUAACGGAAAAGUAUAUAUUAAGAGAGCCAAACAAGAGGAAAUAUCCACCAUCAUUUUAAGUGACAGUUACAAGGAGGAUCACAGGAUGAUCAACUAUUUAAUCAACUUGGAUGCGUUUAACAUUACCACAGAAAGCACUGUAAUAUAA